CUUCCUGUCCGUCCACGCGUUUUGUUGAACUUCCGUUUCACAGCAGCUACAACGAGCUAGAAUAGCUAGUUGGAAUAUCGUUUUAAUUUUUCUUCGGCUCGUUUAUCGUUGACCAGGCAAUCAUGUCUAGUCACGAAGCCGCCAACAUGAAGCUUCCACCGAUCCAGUCCACAGCCGGUGCCGUUCCGAUCCGGAACGAGAAAGGUGAGCUCACCAUGGAGAAGGUGAAGGUGAAGCGCUAUGUGUCCGGUAAGCGUCCUGACUACGCCCCCAUGGAGUCUUCAGACGAGGAAGAUGAGGAGUUCAAGUUUGUGAAGAAGGGGGUGGAGGCGGAGCCGGAGGUGGAGCCACAGGAGGAGGACGUCUCCGACCCGCGUCUCCGGCGUCUGCUCAACCGGACCUCCGAGGAUGUGGAGGAGAGGUUAGCGAGGCACAGGCAGAUCGUUGAGCCUGAAGUCGUGGCCGAGAGCAGCGAGGACUCGGACGAGGGAACGUGGCAUCCUGAGCGCGAAGACAGCAGUGAGGAAGAAGAGGAGGAGGAGGAAGAAGUGGAUGAUGAGGAAAUUGAGCGGCGACGAGCGAUGAUGCGCCAGCGAGCGGUGGAGCGGAAGAACGAGGAGAUGGAAGUGAUGGAGGUGGAGGAGGAGGUGAAGUCGGGGGAGGAGUCCGAGUCUGAGUCAGAAUACGAGGAAUACACAGACAGCGAGGACGAGGCGGAGCCGCGACUCAAACCGGUCUUCAUCCGCAAGAAGGACAGAAUCACGGUGGCGGAGCGCGAAGCCGAGGAGCUGAAACAGAGGGAGCUGGAGGCCGAGGCCAAGCGGCAGACGGAGGAGCGCCGCCGCUACACUCUGAAAAUCGUCGAGGAGGAGGCCAAGAAAGAGUUCGAGGAGAACCGGCGCACGCUGGCCGCUCUGGAAGCGCUGGACACGGACGGAGAGAACGAGGAGGACGAGUACGAGGCCUGGAAGGUCCGAGAGCUGAAGCGCAUCAAGAGGGACAGAGAGACACGAGAAACGAUGGAGAAGGAGAAGUCCGAGAUUGAACGAUUCCACAACCUGACGGAGGAGGAGCGGCGGGCGGAGCUCCGGAACAGCGGCAAGGUCGUUACCAACAAAGCCCAGAAGGGCAAAUACAAGUUCCUACAGAAGUACUACCACAGAGGAGCGUUCUUCAUGAAUGAGGAGGAGGAUGUGUAUAAGAGAGAUUUCAGCGCUCCUACUCUGGAAGAUCACUUCAACAAAACCAUCUUACCCAAAGUCAUGCAGGUGAAAAACUUUGGCCGGUCGGGUCGCACCAAGUACACCCACCUGGUGGACCAGGACACGACGUCGUUCGACUCGGCCUGGGCUCAGGAAAGCGCUCAGAACAGCAAGUUCUUUAAGCAGAAGGCGGCCGGCGUGAGGGAUGUGUUCGAUCGGCCCACCGUGAAGAAGAGGAAGACCUAAGAAGAUCCUGGUGAGCGCUGGAGGGAAGCCUGCGAUGUCCAAUCCUUCUCCAAACACAUGAACUGAUCAUCCUACUUUGUUUCACCUGGCAUAGUCGGCCUAUAAGUCUAAGGAAGCAGCUGGAUUUGUGUAAUUUUGUAAAUAACCUACCAGUUUAGUUUUAGUGGCGUCUGUUCAAGUACAGCUAUUUGAAUUAAACACACUUGUUUUUA